CGCGUCGCGCCGCGCGUCAGUCGCGCUGUUGCCGCCACACGCGCUGCUGCUGCUGCUGCUGUUACGAUGAAAUCCGCGACGGCGCGGGAGGGCUCGGACGCGACCUUAACCUUCCCUCCCUCCUUCAAGUUCGGCGUGGCCACGGCUGCCUACCAGGUGGAAGGCGCGUGGGACGAGGACGGAAAAGGUGAAAAUAUUUGGGACCACCUAUUGCAUAAGAAUCCUGAAUUCACAGAGGACCGGGCAAAUGGCGACAUUGCCAACGAUUCCUACCAUCGUUACAAAGAAGACGUGCAGUUAGUGAAAGCUCUUAAUGUAGAUUUCUACCGAUUCUCCAUUGCUUGGUCCCGCAUUCUUCCAAAAGGGGAUCUGAGCGUCGUCAAUCAGAAAGGAUUAGACUAUUACAACAACCUCAUCGAUGAAGUAGUAGCGAAUGGCAUCGAACCGAUGGUCACCAUUUACCACUGGGAUUUGCCGCACGAAUUGCAGAAGUUGGGUCAAGUGGGCAUCGUAUUCGGUGGUUCUUGGGCCAUUCCAAAAACAGAUUCUCAAGAUGAUAUUGCUGCAGCUGAACGCUACAUGCAGUUUUAUUUGGGUUGGUUCGCACACCCCAUCUUCUCGCAGGAGGGCGACUACCCUCACGUGAUGCGACAGAGGGUGUCCGCCAACAGCGCCCGAGAGGGGCUCCGGAGGUCUCGCCUCCCGCAGUUCUCCCGGGAGGAAAUUGAAUUGCUUCGAGGAUCUGCUGAUUUCCUGGGCCUGAACCACUACACGUCGUUUCUCGUGGAGGCCGACGAAACAGGCCCUUGCCCCUCGCUCGGCAGAGACAGCGGCGCGGUGCUCUCGCAAGACCCCUCGUGGCCGGUGUCGGGCUCCAGCUGGCUCAAGGGAGAAAUUUGGAUUAUACCAGGUAGAUUACAACAAUCCUAAUCGCACACGAACCCCCAAAAAAUCAUCCAAGUUUUUUGCAGAGAUUGCAAGAACACACAAACUGCCAUCAUGAAACUUGACCUCAGUGCGAUAUCCAAUGUCCUUACAAGGAGUUCCUCUGAAGCUUUAUUCUGAUGUAAGGUUCUUAAAAUGAUUCUUACAGUUGCGUAUGUAUUGAAACUGAAUUAAUAAAUUAGGAUGAUGAGUAAGAAAUAUAGUUUUUUUAAUACAUUGUGUUUUUAAACCAAGAUACUAGUAUUACAAGAUCAUUGAAAUUUGAGAAUUAACUUCAAUACUUCCUCUGAAAGAAGAACAAACAAGUUUUCUAUGGUGAGGGCUGAACUGAAGAGGAAAGCUGCUAAUUUUCCUGCAAUAUUACAAAAUGUACUUCAAAAUGGAUAUAUGUUCUGUGUUUGUUUCAGAGUUUAAUUUACUUUAAUAUGUGUGUAACAUGUUGAAUAAUUCUGGAAGAAUAAAUUCUAAAAUAACAACCGAUGCUUCUGUAUUAUAUAAAUUAUGCUAAAUGAUUGUUGUACAAUGAAAAAAGUAAAAUUGUGGUGUUGAUGAAUACCAUACUUUUCUUUAAUUCUUCAUUCCUCUUUGUUACCAUAAAUUCAUGUACAUAUCAACUAUACAGUUUCAGAUACCAUUUUCAAAGCAUGUAAAUAAUUUAUUAUUAAAUGCUCCUCUUGAUAAGAAUAUUAGUGGACUGUAUUCAUUAGCAUACCUUAUUUCUGGUAGAUCUCGACACUGCUGACAGGCCUUUCACAGAAACUUUUUUGUUUGUGAUAAUUCAUUGACAUACACAGGCCUGCUGCAAGUCUUUUGGGAAAAGCUCAUUUUUUACUUCUUGCAUACUGCUUACUCUGUAUAAGAACAUAAUUGUAAUGCUGCGGAAAAAACGGAAUAGUUUGGACACAAAAAUGUUAUUGUUGGGCCCUGGCAAUGAUAAACUGAUCGAAAAAUGGUUGAUGCCAAAACGACUGUCGGUUCGUCUUCCUGGUCAACGCAUGUACCUACAUAUACCGUUCGGGCAAUUUUCUUAAAAUCGUUGUUUUCCGACUGACCUGGACGAACUCAAGGUUCUCCAAGUGUGAAACGGAUAUUUUAAUUUUUGUGACGUUUAUACGAGUCCUCAACAUUUUGAAGAUUUUCUAGAAACUGCCAAUGUUCUAAAUGGUAUCUGUUCUAAACAUCAGUUCUUUAAAAAACGCCAUGUACAUUUUU